GCUGAGGGGGCUCGGGGCGGUGCUGGGCAGGGGCUGCACGCGCCAGGACCAUCGGAACGAAGGGUGCAGGGCGGCGCACCCUCCAGCACAGGGCAGGGCGCGGUGUCCCACAGCCGACGCACGCCCCUCGGAGCCUUCGGGAGAGACAGUUCUGGGCCUCCCAACUCCCGAGGUGAAUACUGAGACCGCAAAUGUGUCCAGAGACAUCCUAAAGAGGCUGAGGGGCUGAGGAGCCCUAGGGCGCCCAGAGGGAGAUUCCUGAAGCCAGCGCUGACCCAGAGGAAUUUGCCGGGUAUUUGAGUGUCCUCCAAUUCUUCCCCACCUGAAUCCCUGUUGCGAUGGAGACCACCAAUGGGACUGAGACCUGGUAUCACAGUCUGCACGCUGUUCUGAAGGCUCUAAAUGCCACUCUUCACAGCAACUUGCUCUGCCGGCCAGGGCCAGACAACCUGACUGAGGAGCGGCGGGCCAACCUUCCUGGCCGCGAUGACAACUCCUACAUGUAUAUUCUCUUCGUCAUGUUCCUAUUUGCUGCCACUGUGGGCAGUCUCAUCCUGGGAUACACCCGCUCCCGCAAAGUGGACAAGCGCAGUGACCCCUACCACGUGUACAUCAAGAACCGUGUGACUGUGAUCUGAUGUUAGGACCUGGGGUGGCUGAAGAUCAAGACAGCUGGGGAUUGUCUUCUGAGGCCCCCAGAACUCAGCCACGGAUCACGUCAGGCCUCUGUUCCUUUCUGUUAGAUCAACAAGAAACGGUGCUAGGGGAUGCCAUCACUGGGCUGGGAGGAGAGAGGCCUUGUGGAACAGGACUUUUUUCCAUCAAAGAUAGACUUGAUAGACAGUGGGAACUAUGGACAAUCAUUUAGAAGUAGCAAAAGAUAAAAACCAAUGACUGGUCCUGUGGCUGGAGUAUUGGGGGUUGGGAGUUUUGGACUUGAGGAAGGAGAAAAGGAUGUUGUAGCAGAGGGAAAUAAAACAAGAAGAUGUACUGAGGACA